AUGCCGUCCAAAAACUCGCGCAUCCCCAAGAAACGCACCAAGACCUUUACCGGCUGCUGGACCUGCCGCUCGCGCGGGCUCAAGUGCGAUGGCCAGAAACCCCGCUGUGACCGCUGCUGCCGCUCCAAGCGCGACUGCGAGGGCUAUGGCAUCCGCCUGCACUGGAUGCACCCGGACGACAAGGGCCCGCCCCAGGGAAUGCAGAUGAGGCGCCUGUUCGACGACAAAGCCCGCCAGAACCCCACCUACCCGGACGCCUUUCUCGACCACACCCUCGAGUCCCUGGAUGCCCUGCAGCGCCCCUGCGACGCCCACGUCCAGCCCUUUGGUGUCUUUUCCGUCGACGGCCGCUGCUCAGCCCUCGCCUCGCCCGCCGCUUCGUCGCCCGCCGCUUCGUCGCCCGCCAGCCCCAGCAGCUGUGGCAGCGUCGUGCUCUUCUCGCCGGCCGAUUCCCCGGCCCAUGCCUCGUCGCCGUUUGCUGCGAGCCCGCAGUCGAUGGGCAUGAGGCUGGUGGCCCAGCUGCAGCCCUACCUCGUCUCCGCUUCCCGCGAGGAACGCUUUCUCUUCGACCACUGGUCGUCCACCCUGAGCGCCAUCUUCCUGCCCACCCCCCACCCGGACAACCCCUUCCGCAACGUCUUCAUCCCGCUGGCUCUGGGCUCCGGCGACCUGACCGUCGCCCAUCCGGGCCACGCCGCCCUACUACACGCCAUGUACGCCAUCUCGGCCUUCCACAUGGGCGAGACGGACCCAUCCCGGAAGCAGCACCUCUCGCUCGUCGCCAUCAAGCACUACAAGACCAGCCUGGCCCACCUGCGCCGCUGCGUCGCCGACACGGGCGACCAGCCCGAGGCCGUCUUCGCCACCAUCAUCAUCAUGGCCUCCAUCUACCUCGUCAUCGGCAGCUCGUCCAACUGGCGCGUGCACGUCAAGGGCGCCCGCGACUGGCUGGCCUCGCAGAACGUGUCGUUCCGCAAAGGCUCCUUCGCCCCCGUUCUGUACCAGCUGUUCCGCUGCCUCGACGUCGUCGGCCACUGGCACAACAACGACGACAACACGGCGCCCCUCGGCACCAUCUGCGGCGGUGACGACGACGACGACGACGACGACGACGACGAGAGAAGCCUCCCCGGUACCGUCACCGAGCUGCCCGACGAAGACGACGACUACACGUCGCCCGACGUCUACUGCCUGGACCGCUACUUCGGGCUGCCCAAGCCCAUCUUCAACGCGCUGCAGAGCAUGCACCGCUUCCGGCGCGCCGCGACCCCGCCGUCGGCGGCCGACAUGGACGCGGUCGAGAGCGAGAUCGAGCAGGUGCAAGGCAUGGUGGCGGCGCUGCGGCCGUCGGACGGCAUCAACGAGCGGCUGCUGGUGCACCACUACAUGGUCUUCUACUACGCGUGCCGCAUCAACCUGGCGCGCGAGUUCCGCGGCCUGCCGCCGGGCGAGGUGCAGGACCUGGUGGCGGCGGGUCUGCUGCACCUCGAGCUGACGUACAGCAUCGAGCGCACCGUGGGCGUGUGCGGCAUCAGCUGGCCGCUGUUCGUCGUCGCGUGCGAGGCCGAGGGUGCCGAGCUGCGCGAGCGCGUCUUCCGCAUGUUCGCCAAGGGCUGGCAGAUGGGCAUCGGCAGCAUCAAGAAGGCGUCCAAGGUCGUCGAGAGGGUGUGGGCCGAGAGGGACCGCACCGGCAACUGGGACACUGCCGAAAGGCAGCGCAUCAUGAAGAGCAUGGGCAUGGAUCUGCUGCUGGCUUGA